AUGGAUUUACACGAGCUACAGCAGUCGGCCCUCGGGCUGAUCAGCGACGCGCAGACGCAGUUCCACAGGCUCCCGGGUUCUGCCAUCAUCCUACGAUACAUCAAGUCGUCCUAUCAGAACGACCCGGUGCGAUCCGCCGUCGAGCUCUUCUUGUUUCUGUUCGCGGUCCGCUACCUCCUUGCGCCCAAGUACUCGACGCAGAAGCAGAAGGUUGUCCUGACGGAAGAUGAAAUCGACGAGCUGGUUGAGGACUGGUCCCCGGAACCCCUGGUAGCGCCGCAAACCGCACUUGAGGAACUCGAGAAUGAGAAGCGACCGGUAAUCGUCGGGCCUUCAGGACCCAAGACCAAGCUGUCGAACGGCCGGACGGUCACGAACCUCGCCUCGUACAAUUUUUACAACUUCCUCGCCAACGAAACGCUCAAGGAGAAGGCUGUCACGACGCUUCGUACGUACGGAGUUGGGCCAUGCGGACCGCCCGGCUUUUACGGGACACAGGACGUGCAUAUGAAGACGGAGGCGGACAUCGCAGCGCACUUGGGAGUGCCGGCAUGCAUCGUCUACGCGCAGGCUUUCUCGACAAUCUCGAGUGUCAUCCCCGCGUUCUCCAAGCGUGGUGACAUUAUCGUGGCGGACAAGGGCGUCAACUUUGCGAUUCGGAAAGGCAUCCAGAUCUCGCGCAGCACGGUUCGCUGGUUCGAGCACAAUGACAUGGAAGACUUGGAGAAGGUGCUUGCCAAGACGGUCAAGGAACAGGCGCGCAAGCCGCUCACGAGACGGUUCAUCAUCACGGAGGGGUUGUUCGAAAACUUCGGAGACAUGGCUGACCUACCCAAGCUGAUCGAGCUGAAGCUCAAGUACAAGUUCCGCUUGAUCCUCGACGAGACGUGGUCGUACGGCGUGCUCGGCCGCACGGGUCGUGGCCUUACGGAAGCGCAGAAUGUGGACGCAACCGAGGUGGACAUGAUCAUUGGCUCGCUCGCGGGUCCGCUGUGCGCGGGCGGCGGGUUCUGCGCGGGAUCGGACGAGGUGGUGGAGCACCAGCGCAUCUCGGCGGCGGCGUAUACGUUCUCAGCCGCGCUGCCGGCAGUCUUGUCGACGACAGCCAGCGAGACGAUCAGCAUUCUGCAGGAGCACCCGGAGGUGCUUGUGCAGCUGCGGGAGAACAUCAAGUCGAUGCGGGCACAGCUCGACCCGCGCAGCGACUGGGUCUUGUGCUCGAGCGCGCCGGAGAACCCGAUGAUGCUGCUGGGGCUGAAGCCGGAAGUGGUCAUCUCGAGAAACCUGAGCCAGGAUGACCAGGAGUUCCUCCUCCAGGAAGUUGUCGACGAGUGUCUGUCCAAUGGGGUGCUGAUCACGAGACUGAAGGCGAUGCCGGCAGCAGUGGGAUCGGGCGAAAAGGCAUGGCUGCCGCAGCCGGCGCUCAAAGUGUGCGUAACGACGGGGCUGUCGAAGAAGGAGAUCGAGAAGGCGGGCGUCGUCAUCCGCCACGCAGUCACCAAGGUCAUGACGAAGAAGCGAUGA